GCAGUGCUGAGCUAUAUUGACCAUGGCGCAUACCCCGAUGAUGACAGCAUAAUAUCCGCCUCACUAGAUUCCGACCGACUCGCCCAUAUCAGCACAGCACUUAGAAAGGAGCAGGAUGUCGUCAAAGACGAGAUACGUGGCCUGAGCAGGUCGACUGCAGGAGAUGUCGACACAUGGAUAGCAAAGGCAAAGACGCUCCAGGCCGAUAUAUUGCGAAGCAGGGAGACAGCACGCCAGAUCGUUGCCCAGCAUGAGCAUACCAAGACUCACAUUGCAAAAGUCAGCGAGACAGGAAGAUACGUUCAGGAGCUGGAGCACGAGGUCACCGUGUACGGUGCAAUUGCCGCUCGACUGCAGAUUAUCAAGGACUUGAAGAGCUUGCUGGACUUGGCGCAGGAUUCAUUGGUGAGCGGUGAUGUAGACACAGGUCUGGCUCAACUCCAGGAAGCAGAGGAGGUGGUGUCGACGAAGGAGUUGGGUGAUGCGCAAUCUGGCGUUGGACUUAUGCUACGGGGGCGCAUCCAAAGAUUGCAGGAAAACCUCAAGACGAAUGUGCAGGAGCGUUGGAAUCGUGGUGUUCAUAUCAGCAUUGAGGAUCACAAGGUGGUCAUCAAUGAUGGUCUAGACCAGGUGAUCAACGCUGCUCGCGGUCUGGGAAUGUUCGACAACCUGGUCGCGAAGCUCAGCAAGGACAUUGAGCGCGCUGUCUUUCGUCCAAGAUUGGCGCAUGUCAAGAAUGGCAAGGUUGCUAUGAUCGCAAUCAACGAGAAACAGCUCUCCUGCCAGGAAGUUAGUGACGACAUAAGCACAGAAACUCUGCUCCAAGAUCUCCAUCGUUCUUUUGGAUUUUUUGCUGAGCACCUUGAGCGAGACAUUGCCUUACCACUGUCAGAGCUGCUUGUGCCCAGAAUCCUGAUACACCUGGAGGACGACUGGCUGGACCCAGCAGUGCCUGUCGAUAUCCAAGAAUUGCCAGACUUCCAAACUCUACUCCACGCGGCAUCUUCCCUUGCCGAUCAACUCGAUUCUUUGCAAUGGCAUGGCAGCAAAUUGCUUCGGGAUUGGGUACAAGCAGCGCCGAAGACGUGGCUCACCAAGCGUCGUGAAGCUGUGCUUGGCGAUGUACGCAACCUGGUAUUUUCUGGUCUGCGAGAACGUAAGACCGUCGAGCGUGUAGAGACACAGACUGUUAGCAAGGAAGACCACGCUGCACUAGGAGGCAGCGACGGCGGUGAUGAUUGGGAUAGUGCUUGGGAUGAUCCAGAUGAAUCAGCCGCAUCGCCGACUAUUGUUCGCCCGGCUCAGUCAGUUGACGACGAGGACAUGAGCGCUUGGGAUGAAGAUGGCGAAGAGACAUCACAAGCACCGGCAGAAUCACAAUCGGCAGCACCUAUCUCUACAGCAGAAUCUCAACCAUCGCAAGACGGUGACGAUGAAGAUGCUGCUUGGGGCUGGGAUGGCGAAGACGAGCCUCAGGUACCAAAUUCACCUAAGGCGGCGAAUCCUGUAGCCCUAAGUGAUGUGAAAACACCCUCGAAGCCAGCAGAACGCGAAAUAACAUUGCGGGAGACAUUUACAGUCACUGGCAUCCCAGAUGCCAUUCUAGCCCAUCUCAGACAAACCAUUGCCGAUGCUCAAGCUCUUGCUGGGCCGGCAUAUGCAUCAUCGCCUCUUGCACCAGCGUCGGGUGGACUUUACACUCUGCCAACACAAGGCCUGGCAUUAUACCGUGCAACAGCGCCGACUGCAUACGCCAAGGUGGACACGGGAAACAUGCUCGUCUACAACGACGCUACUCGUCUUGCAGAGCAGCUCCGUGCCUGGGAAGCAGAGGUACCUACGAGAUCACGACUCAAGCUCGACCACGACGUCAAGGCUCUUGAGCAAUUUGCGAAGAGUGCCUACAGCAACGAGAUGGAGUCCCAGCGCACAAUACUGCGCGAUCUACUCGAUGGAGCACAAGGCUUCAGCUCGUGCUCAGAGCAGCCAGCCAAGCAGGAAUGCGAAGACGCAGUUGAGCAGACCAUGUUGCGAGUACGAGACGUCCAUCGACUCUGGCAACCGGUCCUAUCCACCUCUGCACUACUACAAAGCAUCGGCAACCUAGUGCUUUCCGUAGCACAAAAGAUCAUUCGCGAGGUCGAAGAUCUGCCAGAUAUCGGGAGUGCCGACUCCGAGCAGCUGAAGGUUCUCAUCGACAAGACAAGCCAGAUCAAGGAUCUCUUCUUGCAAGGCGACCGUGACAUGACUUUCGUCUAUGUUCCGAAUUGGUUCAAACUGCAAUACCUGAGGGAAAUCAUGGUCAGCAGUUUGGCCGAUAUCAAGUACAUGUGGAACGAGUCCGAACUGAGUCAGGAAUUCGAGGCUGAGGAGGUCGUCGGUCUGAUUGAAGCACUCUUUGCCGAGAGCAUCCAUCGCCGACAGGCUAUACAGGAAAUUAGAAGGGCCGGAAGAUAA